GUGGGCUGAGAAGCUGGAUGCUUUAACAGCGACAGCCACACAGGACCCAGAGGGGUUUUUGGGUCACCCUGUCAAUGCCUUUAAACUCAUGAAGAGACUAAACACGGAGUGGGGUGAAGUGGAAGACCUCGUGCUCAAAGACAUGUCUGACGGUUUUAUCUCAAACCUGACUAUUCAACGUCAGUAUUUCCCUAAUGAUGAAGACCAGACCGGUGCAGCCAAAGCUCUCCUCCGACUGCAGGACACCUAUCAACUGGACACACAGAUCAUCUCUUCUGGAGACCUGCCUGGUGUUACUACAGGCUUGCCGUUUAAAAGCACCAUGACGGUAGAGGAUUGUUUUGAGCUGGGAAAAAUCGCCUAUUCUGAAGCAGACUACUACCAUACAGAGUUAUGGAUGGCCCAGGCUCUCAAGCAACUGGAUGAAGGAGAAGAAUCCAGCGUUGAAACUGUGACAGUGCUGGACUACCUCAGCUACUCAGUCUACCAGCAGGGGGAGCUGGAAAGAGCUCUGAACCAUACCAAGAGACUGCUGAGUGUGGAUCCUGAGCACCAGCGAGCACUUGGGAACCUAAAGUAUUUUGAAUACCAGCUAGCCAAACAGAAGAAGGCUGAGAAGGAGCAGAGUGUCAAGGAAGAGAGCAAGAAAGAACAAGAAAAGACGGUUGGGAAAGGGGAAUAUCUCCCUGAAAAGAGGAAAUACGAGCAGCUAUGUAGAGGACAAGGAGUCAGAAUGAGCCCUCGCAGACAGAGACGUUUGCUCUGCCGUUACUACAACAGUAACAGACAUCCUUUUUACAUAAUCGGCCCAGUGAAACAAGAGGAUGAAUGGGAUCGUCCACGUAUCAUCCGUUACCAUGAUAUUAUAUCAGAAAAAGAAAUGGAGAAGGUCAAGGAGUUGGCCAAACCAAGGGUGAGUUCAACUUUUAUACACAUUCAAAUAUUUAUAUAACGUUUUGGCCACACA